GUGAGCCCCGGUGAGCCGCUGAAGACAGAACGCCGCUUGUCUGCAUUCAGCCUGACCCGCGACCGGCAAUGGACUACGGGAACAACGCCGCCAACAGCUCCGGAGACGCCGUGAGCGCCGGUGACCAGCGCCGCCAGGAGAACGGGGUCCAGCCGGGCCACCGGAGCCCCGGAGACGCCGUCAUGAAAGCAGGAGGAGGAGCAGCUUCCACAGCUCAAGCAAAGAUGGAUAACGGCUCUGCAGAUAAGACCCAAACUUCCCCUAAAAGAGCGUCCGCUCUCACCACGGGGGGCAAAACAAGCCCCGCCUCCCGAAACGGCCCCUCCUCCAUCCCCGUUAAGGCCAGCAGCCCCGGAAGUCUCGCUGGUGCAAAGUCUCAAACCCCCGGCAUCAAAACGUCUGUUAGAACUGCAGCUCAUCAAGAUGGGAGUGGCCACAGCAGCCCCGGCACCCCGAAGUCGCCCGCCAGCCAAGCGCUCUCCGCCAAGGCGGCGGCCGAGGCCAACAAGGUCAAGAAGGUCGCGGUGGUGCGCUCCACGCCCAAAUCCCCGGGCUCGCUGAAGAGCCGCCCGCCGGCCCCUCUGGCCGCGGCGGCGGCGCCCAUGCCGGACCUGAAGCACGUCAGGUCCAAGAUCGGCUCCACGGAGAACAUGAAGCACCAGCCCGGAGGCGGAAAGGUGAGUUCCUUGUUCCAGGUGCAAAUCCCCCAUCAGAAGGUGGACUACAGCAGCGUGCAGUCCAAGUGCGGCUCCAAAGACCUCGUGACUCACGUCCCCGGUGGAGGCAAUGUCCAGAUCCUGGACAAGAAGAUCGACGUGGCCAACGUGCAAGCUCGCUGUGGCUCUAAAGACAACAUCAAGCACACGCCCGGCGGCGGCAAGGUUCAGAUUAUUGAAAAGAAGCUGGACUUAAGCAGCGUGCAGUCCCGAUGUGGCUCCAAAGAUAAUAUGAGUCAUGUCCCCGGUGGCGGCAAUGUUCAGAUUGUGCACAAAAAGAUUGAUCUGACCAACGUUCAAUCCAAAUGUGGAUCGAAAGCCAACAUCCGUCAUAAGCCAGGUGGAGGAAAUAUUGAGAUAAAAAACGAGAAGAUCGAUUUCAAAGGUCAGUCUAAGGUCGGCUCGCUUGACAACAUCGGCCACGUCCCUGGAGGCGGAGCCAGAAGGAUUGAGAGCCACAAGCUGAGCUUCCGUGAGACCGCCAAGGCGCGCACGGACCACGGCGCUGAGAUCGUCUCCCUGGAGGACUCCCCCCACCCGCUCAGCACAGUGUCCUCCUCCGGCAGCCUCAACAUGGCCGACUCCCCGCAGCUCUCCACGCUGGCCGACCAGGUGUCCGCCUCUCUGGCCAAACAGGGCUUGUGAAUGCACCUCCACCUCCUCCCCCACCUCCUCCACCUCCCCCACCUCCUCCACCUCCAACCACACGACCAAGUGGAGGAGUUGCGACGCCUUCCUCCUUCUUUUGUCACAGGACUUUUUUUAGCUACCCGUCACUGUUUAUCCUCCACUAACCUUUAAAAGAAAAAGAUUAACAAGUAAUCCAACAUGUAUUUAAUCUCUCUGGUCUUUGAGCUCUUUAUUUGCUAUUUCUACCUUUUGUAAGUCUCCCUUUUAAGAGUUAAAUCACCCAGCAGAGCAAAUCUGCUUGAUUCUCCUUGAAUCUGAGGAUCUGCUCCCACUUCCUGGUAAUCUGACGUCAUCUAACGCCUGGUUUCCUGUCACAUUUACCGUAAAUCCUUUAGAAAGUUCCCCAAGGCCCUUUAGAAAGUUCCUCAAGUCCCUUUAGAAAGUUCCUCGCUCAAGGCCCUUUAGAAAGUUCCUCAAGUCCCUUCAGAAAGUUCCUCAAGUCCCUUCAGAAAGUUCAAGGCCCUUUAGAAAGUUCCUCGAGUCCCUUUAGAAAGUUCCUUGAGUCCCUUUAGAAAGUUCCUCAAUGCCCUUUAGAAGGUUCCUCAAGUCCCUUCAGAAAGUUCAAGGCCCUUUAGAAAGGUCUUCAAGUCCCUUCAGAAGGUUCCCCUUCAGAAAGUUCCUCAAGUCCCUUCAGAAGGUUCCUCAAGUCCCUUUAGAAGGUUCCUCAAGUCCCUUUAGAAAGUUCCUCAAGUCCCUUCAGAAGGUUCCUCAAGUCCCUUUAGAAAGUUCCUCAAGUCCCUUCAGAAGGUUCCUCAAGUCCCUUUAGAAAGUUCCUCAAGUCCCUUCAGAAGGUUCCUCAAGUCCCUUUAGAAAGUUCCUCAAGUCCCUUCAGAAGGUUCCUCAAGUCCCUUUAGAAAGUUCCUCAAGUCCCUUCAGAAGGUUCCUCAAGUCCCUUUAGAAAGUUCCUCAAGUCCGUUCAGAAGGUUCCUCAAGUCCCUUUAGAAAGUUCCUCAAGUCCCUUCAGAAGGUUCCUCAAGUCCCUUCAGAAGGUUCCUCAAGUCCCUUUAGAAAGUUCCUCAAGUCCCUUCAGAAGGUUCCUCAAGUCCCUUUAGAAAGUUCCUCAAGUCCCUUCAGAAGGUUCCUCAAGUCCCUUUAGAAAGUUCCUCAAGUCCCUUCAGAAGGUUCCUCAAGUCCCUUUAGAAAGUUCCUCAAGUCCCUUUAGAAGGUUCCUCAAGUUCCUUCAGAAGGUUCCUCAAGUCCCUUCAGAAGGUUCCUCAAGUCCCUUUAGAAAGUUCCUCAAGUCCCUUCAGAAGGUUCCUCAAGUCCCUUUAGAAAGUUCCUCAAGUCCCUUCAGAAGGUUCCUCAAGUCCCUUUAGAAAGUUCCUCAAGUCCCUUCAGAAGGUUCCUCAAGUCCCUUCAGAAGGUUCCUCAAGUCCCUCUCGUGGGUAUUUUGUUUUGAUCAAACUCGCUGGCGCCCAGUUUGUGCUGAAGCAGAACGAAAAGUUAAAACAUGUUUUCUUUUAUUGCAGGAAAAGCUAAUAAGUAAAUAAUUUUGCAUAAACAACAAAAAAAGAGUAAAACAGAAAGAUGCUUUCAGACCUCAGCGCUGUCUUUUGCUUCGUGUCGUCGACACAACAGGAGUCUGACCUGGAUUAUAAAAAAAUGAAUAUAAUAAACGGCUAGAGUAGAGUUGGUUUGUUGGGCAGUUUUAUAAUCGUACUCUGAAUAUAUGACGCGUGUUUGAUAUGGAGAAACAUUUGUUUAUCGUGCCUGCUGCCGUCGGUGUUAUGUCAUCAUUUUGUUACUGCUCCGUUGUUAAAGCUCGAGGAGGAAGAAUUAACCUUUUAGAAAGUGUAACUUUUCAUGGCCAAAUUAUUGAGUAGAGACGUGCGCUACGCGCUACGCUAAAGCUAAAGUAGAAUAAUGUUCACCAGUUAUAAGUGUUCUUAAAGAGAGACUGUUUAGGUUGUGAGAGGAUACGAAAUGCUAAGCUACUGUUUAUCAUUUAGCUAAAAUGCUAAAAGUAUUUCAUCAAUUUAUCAAGUCAGCGAACUACGGAAUUAGCGAGCUAGCCGCCAUGCUAGUCUACUAGCUAGUUUGCUAUUUACACAUACAAGAUGGCCGCCUCGCUGCCCGUUCUGCUGCAUUGAUUUGAGUAUUAAGAACAUUUAGCCAACGUUAGCCUGCAUACGUGUUGAAAUUACACAUUUUUGACUUUCGGGUCGAGUUAUUUCUUCUCUCAGAAGUUGCGUAGUCUCACUUUAAAAACUGUACUCACCCAGAAUGGAUAUUGGAAAGCAGCUUGAUGAUGAUGAUGAAGAUGAAGAUGAUGGGUUGGUCGGGCCAAGUUGACACAACGUGCGCUGGACACGGGACGCUCCAGUUCUCUGCUACGUCACCUGACCUGACGUCAUGUGACUCCAGACUAAAAAGAGAGCGAGGGGAAUCUUGUAUUUGUUGAACCCCUAAAAAACAAAACCCCCAUAAGUGUUGAAGACCCGUCCUGUUGAAUGUUCCCGGUGACUCAUCACUUUACUCAACAAACUUCUUCUCGCAUGCCACUCACGUUAAGUGAAGUCCGCUUGUCGCCGCCCCCUUUUCACAAAGUGGUUUCCCGUUUUAUGAAUGAAAAUAAAAGCACAUUUCGUGUGUGUGUCAAGUCGGAACACUGUGUGUGUGUGUGUGUGUUUUAACAUGUGUUGCCAAAAUAGAAACGAACAGCGCGGCAGUUCAUCCGCAUGAGUUCCUGGUUCUUCUCUUCAGGCGGUCGGGGGUUCGAUCCCCGAGUCGACGUCUCCAGAGUUUAUUUUUUUUUUCCUGCAGUAACAAAACUCAUCACCUGAUCGGUUUUCUUUGGUUUUUACGUCCCGACGCUGUACAGUUUGUGGAAAUGUGAUUGUUCUCGUUAUUGUGCAUUGGAUCAAUAACUGGUUUAUGGUGAUGAUGAUUCUUGUUGCUGUAUUUGUGUAUUUGAAAAAUAAACGCUAUGAA